ACACAAUCUUCCAGCCUCGUCGGACCCGGCUUACCGCAAACGACCACCCGACGCCGCGAUGGUGUCGCCGCUACUCUUCGUGUUCCUUGUGAACCUCUUCGUCCACCUCGUCAACACUCUCGGCGCAACCACCAUCAACGAGCUGUUAUGGAUCCUCUACAACAGGCUGCCCACGCCCACGAGCAAGGCCGCCCGCGAGCAGAUCCGCUUAAAGCGCGAGGUCCUGCGCCUAAAGCAAGAGAUGAACGGCGUGAGCGCGCAAGACGAGUUCUCAAAAUGGGCCAAGAUACGCCGGGCGCACGACAAAGUGCUGGCUGACUUCAACAAGAGUGACGCCUCGAUCCGCACCGCCCGAACCUCCUUCGACAAAACCCUCAACACGCUCCGCUGGCUCGGAACAACGGGACUGCGGACCGGUCUUCAAUUCUGGUACGCGCGGGUAGCCAUGUUCUGGAUCCCGCAGCACUGGGUGCCCGGAUACGUAGAAUGGCUACUCGCAUUCCCCAAAGCGCCCACCGGCAGUGUCAGCGUCCAGGUCUGGAACAUAGCGUGCGCGAGCGUCAUCGGGCUCGUCGCGGAAGCCGUCGCCGCGCUGUGGGUGCUGCUUUUUGCGCGGGGCGCUGCGGCGCCGAAUAAAAAGGAGGGGAGGGAGACGCCUGGUGCGGCGAAGGCGGAGAAGAAGGAGCUGUGAGGAUGCGUGGUUUCACGCUUUUGGUGCUUGGAGAAGGGGGAGGGAACGGUUAAUAUCAUGAUGAUACGAUGAAUGGAACUGCUUCACGAAUUGCGUUCAACCUCUACCGCAGACAUAGACAUAUCUGGACGAACGCGAGCAUCUGAACCAUACAACAAAUGGCCACGCUUUACAAGCAGCUACACGCCCUACGUCUGCAGCCAUACUACAUAGUACACGCGCAGAACAUAAACAUAUACACACGUCAACAUACACAUAAACAUAUACACAGUACAAAAUCACAUCACAUCAUAAACAAAGCAUGUCUCUCACAAGAUAGACGCGAAGUCGUCAGCGCGGCCCCUCUCAGGGCCGCUCCGACCCCGCAACACGACGUGAGACAGUACCCC